AACCAAACAAAGCCUUACAGUAAACUUCUUUGAAGGUUCUUUCCUAUUUUGGUUUCACACACCACACAAAUUUUCCACUAUAUAAACACAACAAACGCUUAUUGCUUUGCUUGUAAUACUCCACUCAUCCUUAUCAUUCUCUUUCUUUUCUCGUAUAAGUUUCUUAUCCAAAAUGGUUAUGGCUCAGGAGAAGAAGCUCGUAGAUUCAGUGUCCGGUUGGCUCAGACUUUAUGACGACGGUUCAGUGGACCGGAUAUGGACCGGACCACUGGAGUUUAAGUUCAUGGCAGAACCAGUUCCGGCUCAUGAACAAUUCGUUGACGGAGUCGCCACUCGUGACGUCAUCAUCGAUGACAAGUCGGGCCUCCGUGUUCGGCUUUAUCUUCCCGAGCCAGCUCCAGGCGAGACUGGCAAGCUUCCGGUGCUAGUCCAUUUCCAUGGUGGUGGGUUCUGCAUAAGCGAAGCCAAUUGGUUCAUGUACUACCAUGUGUACACUGAGUUCGCCCGAUCGGCCCGAGUCAUCUGCGUCUCCCCUUAUCUCCGGCUAGCCCCGGAGAAUCGUCUUCCUGCCGCCAUGGACGAUGGGUUAUCGUCGCUUCUAUGGCUUCAAUCCCUCGCCAAAGGUGACUCCCACGAACCAUGGCUCUCUGAACAUGCCGAUUUCAACCGUGUCUUCCUCAUCGGAGACAGCUCCGGCGGGAAUGUUGUCCACGAGGUGGCUGCAAGAGCUGGAAAUUUAGACCUAAGCCCGGUGAGAUUGGCCGGUGGGGUACCGAUCCACCCAGGUUUUGUCCGGUCGGAGAGGAGCAGGUCGGAGUUAGAGAAGCCUCAAACCCCGUUCUUAACUCUGGACAUGUUGGACAAGUUCUUGAGCUUAGCGUUGCCGGUCGGAAGUAACAAGGACCAUCCGAUUACCUGCCCAAUGGGCGAGGCUGCGCCGCCGUUGGAGGGACUGAAACUGCCGCCGAUUCUGCUGUGCGUGGCGUCGAUGGACUUGAUUGUAGACACAGAGAUGGAGUACUAUGGGGCGAUGAAGAAGGCUAACAAAGAAGUGGAGCUAUUUGUGAGUUUGGGUAUGACCCAUAGCUUUUACUUGAACAAAGUUGCGGUGGAUUCGGAUCCAAAUACGGGUAAACAAACCCGAGAUCUUAUUGCUAAGGUGAAAGAGUUCAUCAAUAAGCACUGAAGUUGGCAGGCAGGGAAGAGGAGCAGAAGCAGCCACUCAACUUUUCGGUUAAUUAUAUUAUAAUCAUCAUUAUGAUAAUUAUUUAUGUGAUAAUAUUGGUGUGGCUUAGAUUUGAGUCUUUUAGCUUUUAUAAAAUUGUGAGUGCUUUUUCUAUGUCACUACUUUUUAUUUUUGUAAUCUUUUUGUCCUAAGAAGAGGGUGCCCAUAUUUGGAGUAGCCUUUUCAGAGAAUUUCGUUUUCUUUGUUUGGCCCGAUUCAGAGAAUUUUGUUGAGCCCUGUCACAAUUGAAAGGACUUAAAAGUAA